CCCCCGGUGACCGGGGCGGGCGAGGCGGGCUGGGCUCCCCUUGGGCGAAAAGCGGGGCGCCAGGAUCCCCCGGAGAGCCCGGCUUCCUCUGACCACGUGCAGAGCGCUCUUGCGCUGCCCGCGCCUCUACGGCUCAGGGGAAGGUCCGGAGCGGCGGCCAAAGCUUCGGGGUCCCCCAGCCCAGCUGCGGAGGAUGGGUGCGGCAGUUCGGUUCGCCGCUCCGAAGCUCCGCCGGGAAGGAGGAGGGGCGCCUCUGCCUCUUGCAGGUGCCCCCGCGGCGGAGGCUCCGGCCGAAGAGAAGCGCCUCGGGGCCCGCGGGCAUCGCUCCUUCCACACCGUCCAGCCCCCCGGUCGGAUUUGCAGCCGCUCCCCAUGCAGGAUCCGCGGCAGUGACCUCGGGGUGCCCCGGGCCCAAAGGCCGGCCUGGGCUGCCCUGCAAGGCUGUUGUGAAGCUUUGCCCGGGAGUUCCAAAAGGGAACGGAAGCCCCUGGCUGCGAGAGGGUCCCGCCGGGCGCUGCUGCUUCCCCUCCGCCGCCUCCUCCUCCUCCUCCUCCUCGGCGGCGUCUCCGUCGAUCCAGGGAAGAUGCGGUUGGUUCCGAAGAACGUGCCCGGAAGCCGCCUGCGAUGAGACCCGGAGGCCCCCUCUCUAUUUUCUUAGCUCUUUAAGCCACCAGCUCGGCUCCGCCUCCUUGCGCGAUACGGGGCCUCUUGUCCCUGGGCGGCUCCUGUAGAGGGACAGGAAGUGCUGCCAUGGAGACGCCUGGCGGCACCGGAAGGAGCUGGACCGUUAGGCGUUCGCUCGCAGGCGGCGGCGGGGCUCGCAUCGAAGGCGGCGAGCGCGGAGGCUUCGGAGCGCCGGAACUGCCCCGUGGCGGGUGACGUCAGGACGCGCGACCGGGCCUCGGGGUGACCUCACCGCGCCCCCUAUCCCCCCGCCAUGGCCGUGCCCGCCGCCCCGCCGUUCUGGGGCAGCCGCCGCCGCCGCUUCGGCCCGGAGCAGCAGCUGGUGCGGCGGCGAGAGCAGGAGGCCCGCCUGCGCCAGCAGUGGGAGCUGCACAGCCGCGCCUUCCAGCAGUCCGGGCUGCUCAGCCGCAAACAGGCCGAGUGGAGCUCCCGCCGCUCCUUCCAGCAGAGCAUGGAGGCGCACGGCCGGGAGCGGCUGGCGGCGGAGGCGGCGGAGAGCCUGGAGCGGCGGCGGCUGCGGUUGCGGGAGCUGCUGCGGCGGGAGCGCGAGGGCCUGGCGGCCGAGCUGCGCGGGUUGCGGAUCGGCGGGGAGGCCGAGCUGGAGGAGAAGCGGCAGCGGAGCCAGGAGCUGCGCUCGGCCAGGGAAGAGCGGCGGAAGCAGGUGGCGGAGGACCGUCUCUACGACUGCUGGAGGAAGAGCAGCGCCAAGCUCCGCCAGGUGGGCUCGGAGCUGCACAGGAAGCAGGUGGUGGAGGCCUGGGGGGACCAGCUGGCGCUGAAGCAACAGCGAGAAGCGGCGGACCGGGAAGAGAAAGCCCGCUCCGAGAACCAGUACGAGAGAGCCCGCAGGGAGGCCCUGGAGCGGCUGAAGCAGGAGCAGCAGCGCAGGAAGCGGGAGGAGGAGAAGCAGGCUGAGAUGCUGCGGCAGCAGAUGGCGGAGCUCCAGCUGAGGGACGUGGAGGCCACCAAGCUGAGGGAGGAGGAAGAGAGCCUGCUGAAGCAGCAUUGGGAGCUGCAAGCCCUGGAAGCCGAGCGAAAGCUGAAGGAGGAACAGCGGAAGAAGGUGGAGCUUGGGCGCUUCCUGAAGCACCAGGUCCAGGCCCAGCUGAGGAAACGGGCUCAGCAGGUCCAGCAGGAGUUGGAGGAGGACAGGCGGAUCCUCCUGGCCCUGUCCGAGAAGCACGAGGAGGACCAGCGCCUGCAAUCCGCCCGGCGGGAAGAAGCCGUGGCUGCAGUGGCCUGGAUGAAGGAGGUCAUCGAAGAGCAGCUGCAGCUGGAAAGGGAACGAGAGGCGGAGCUGGAGACCAUCUUCAGGGAGGAAGCCAGGCAGGUUUGGGAGAAGCGAGAGGAAGAGUGGGGGAGAGAGCGGAAGGCCCGGGACAGGCUCAUGGCAGAGGUCCUGGCUGAGAGGGAGCAGCAGAUCCAGCAGAAGGUGGAGCGCAACAGGCACGCCCAGCAGGAGUCCGUCAGGUGCCGGGAGCAGCUGAUCCAGCGCCUGGAAGAGGCCAGGCAGCUGACCCAGCGGGAACAGGAGGCGGCGCUAGAGCGGAAAACUGCCCGCAAGGAGGAGCUGCAGGCCCAGCUCACGGAGCGGCAGCGGCAGCAACAGGAGGAGCUCCAGCACCAGCAGGAGGCGGCCACAGAGGCCCGGGCGCGAGAGGAGCAGCACCAGCAGCUGGAGGAGCUGGAGGCCAGGCGCAUGGUGGAGGCUGGAUACCGGAACAAGUGCCACAGCUACCGCAAAGCUGCCUGGAGCUAAAGAAGAUUCUGGGUGGCCGAGAACCUCUUUGCCAGCUGCUUCCUGCUCUACUGACCGUCUGCUUGGAGCUGGCAGGGAUGCUAGGAGACUGAGAGGGGUGGGCUGGCUCCCCAGAGUGGUCCUCUCGCCUCCCCCCUCCCACCCCUCCCCAGGGUGCAGCUGCUACCCGGAGGCCGUUGGCCAAGGCAGGAGGGAAGAUGAUGGUGCUUGGAGGGUCAGUAAAGUGCUUUUUUUUU